AUGCGGCCAAAGACGUGCAAUUACAAUCGAAAAGGAGAAGCUAAUGGAGAAACGUCACUAACUUUAAACAGCAAUGUCCAGACAAGGUGAAGUGAAGAGAGGGAGCGGGAAAGAGGUGGAGUGGCGAGAGAGAGACAGAGAAGUGACACAAAUCAAUGUGAGCACCCAAACCACCAUCACCAGCAGCAGCAGCAGCCUCCCCGACCUCCAUCACCUCUCUGCCUUCCCUGGGAGAGACGGAUAGAGACAGAGUCACAGGAAAGACAGUCUCCUCAGCAACGCAGCAUCUGGGUUGGCCGUCACUCUGAUGGGUAUUCACUUUGCAGCAGAGCCACCUCUCCAGGGAUACUUGUAGGAGUGAGAGGACAGGAGCUGAUUACUGAGAGGACAUUUUUCUCCUCAGGUUGUUCCAUCCAAUAACUGACUUGCUUGGGAGCCACGGAGCUUCAGGAAGUUGAGGGUUAUGAAGAGUGCCGAGCCUGAAGACAGGAUGUCUUCCAAGCGACCAGCCUCUCCAUAUGGGGGGACAGAUGGAGAGGUAACCAUGGCAACCAGCAGACAGCGAGUGGAGGAUGAGGAGAGCGAGGGACUGGGCGGUGUCAUCCACCUCCCCCUGGCCUCCUACUGCGGCAAGGUGUCCCCUCGCUCGCCCCCCAACCGCAACUUGGACAGCCCCCUCAACAUGGACCAUGACGGCACUAAGGGGAGCUCCCUGAGUCCUUACCCCCAGCACAAUUCUACCUCACCAGGCAAAGAGGAGGGUGGAGGCGGGGGACGGCCCUGUAGCGACGGGGGUUCAGCCACGGGCACCCUGGGGACUCCCGAGAGACGCAAGGGCAGCCUGGCAGAUGUGGUGGACACACUGAAACAGCGCAAGAUGGAGGAGCUGAUCAAGAACGAACCAGAAGAGGCCCCCAGCAUUGAGAGGCUGUUGUCGAAGGACUGGAAGGAUAAACUUUUGGCCAUGGGCUCAGGGCACAUUGGAGAAAUUAAAGGUACCCCAGACAGCCUGGCGGAGAAAGAGCGCCAGCUCAUGGGCAUGAUUGGUCAGUUGAGCAGCCUCAGGGAGCAGCUCCUGGCGGCCCACGAGGAGCAGAAGAAGCUGGCUGCCUCGCAGAUGGAGAAGCAGAGGCAACAGAUGGAGCUGGCCAAGCAGCAGCAGGACCAGAUUGCCCGGCAACAGCAGCAGCUUCUGCAGCAGCAACACAAAAUCAACCUCCUGCAGCAGCAAAUCCAGCAGGUCCAGGGCCAGCUCCCUCCGCUGAUGAUUCCUGUCUUUCCCCCAGACCAGAGGACUCUGGCAGCGGCUGCAGCCCAGCAAGGCUUCCUCAUGCCCCCUGGCUUCAACUAUAAGCCUGGCUGCAGUGACCCCUACCCUCUCCAGCUCAUCCCCACAACGAUGGCUGCUGCCGCUGCUGCCACACCGGGCCUGGGACCCCUGCAGCUCCAGCAGUUGUAUGCAGCUCAGCUGGCGGCCAUGCAGGUGUCCCCGGGGGCCAAGCAGCACGGAGGCAGCCUGCCACCCCAAGCCAACCUGGGCACACACUCGCCACCCACCAACACACACUCACAGAGCGACAAGGGCCGCAGCUCCCCACAACAAAACAAGACUAAGGACAGUGAGGGUGCACAGCCACUGAACCUGUCGGCCAAGCCUAAGGCAUCCGAGAGCAAGUCACCCAACUCCCCCCCAACUUCCCCACAGGUCCCUGCUGCUGCCGCUGCCAAGCUGGGCCCCGCCGGCUCCAUGAAGCACAGCAUCGCCCCCUCCAGCAUUGGAGGACCACCGAGCAGAGUCAGCUCAAUAGCAGACUUGUUGUCGUCGCUGUCCUCGACGGCCUACCUGAACGACCACGAGGCGGUGACCAAGGCCUUCGCCGAGGCCCGGCAGAUGAAGGAGCAGCUGAAGAGAGAGCAGCAGGUCCUGGACGCCAAGGUGGCCGCCGUCAGCAACCUCAGCCUCAACAACGGACGCACAGACAAGGACAAGGCUGCCUUGGAGAGUCUGAGUCAACAGCUGAAGCAGCAGGCGGAGGACAAGUUCAGCCACGCCAUGCUGGACUUCACCAUGAGUGGAGACUCUGACGGCUCCCCGAGCGUGUCAGACUCCAGAAUAUUUCGGGAGUCCCGGGGUCGCGGCAGCACCGAGCCGCAUAUCAAACGGCCAAUGAACGCCUUCAUGGUCUGGGCCAAGGACGAGAGGAGAAAGAUUCUCCAGGCCUUCCCCGACAUGCACAACUCCAACAUCAGCAAGAUCCUCGGCUCACGCUGGAAAGCCAUGACCAACCUGGAGAAGCAGCCCUACUACGAGGAGCAGGCUCGCCUCAGCAAGCAGCACCUGGAAAAAUACCCAGACUACAAGUACAAGCCGCGGCCAAAACGCACCUGCCUGGUGGACGGCAAAAAGCUGCGCAUUGGCGAGUACAAGGCCAUCAUGAGGUCCCGCAGACAGGAAAUGAGGCAAUACUUCAGUGUGGGGCAGCAGGGUCAGCUGCCCUUGUCCUCAGCAGGCGUGGUCUACCCAGGUGCCCUGUCCAUGGCGGGAAUGCCCUCACCCCAGAUGCCCUCAGAGCAUUCGAGCAUGUCCAGCAGCCCCGAGCCCAACGCCAACCACCACCAGAACCCUCACGUGCCCGGCCUGAAGGGGGACGAGCCACGCAUCAAGGAGGAGGAGCUACGGCUGGACGACAGCAACGGCGACGUGUACGACGACUUCGACUACGAGGACGAAGAGGCUGAUUAUGCCAGCGAUAACGAGAAUCAUAUCACCCAAUAGGACGGCGUGAAAGCCUCCUAUUUUUAAGCCAAUCACAGCUGGUUACCCCCUCCCCUCUCCUCCCCUGAAAAUCCCAAACCCACCAAUCAGGAAGAAAACUUUCUCUUUUGCCAAUCACCUUGAGUCCCACUCUCACGAAACCCGCCACCCCUCACCCUUCCUGACUAACAUGGACUCUUUUAACAGAGCCAAAGCCCCUGGAGUCCUGAUACCAGCAUCUGAUCAAUCAACUGAAGCACAGGACCUGUCACUCACACUGACUGUUACACAAACUGGAGUCUGGGAGGAAGAGACGACCAGAGACGACUCGGAAGCUUGCUGAGGAAUAUUCGAGUACUACUGCAAGAGUUUGAGUAAUGCCACGAGUGAAGAGAAAUAAAAGUCACACGCAGAAAGCAACCUUUUAGACCCGUUUGUAGAAAAGGAGACAUUUGAAAAUGACAGACGGAGCAGUGGACCUGUCAAAGGCUAACAGAUGACACUUUAAGAUGGCGGACCUGUUUAUUAUCAAGAGACACUUUUAAAAAAACAGCUUUUUUGUUCUUUGGUUCUAUAAUAUUCUCACUCAGGUACACGGUGCCAAUAAGUGGCUUGUGAAUGUGAUUUGUUGUUUUUGUGCUACAAGUUUGAAUAAUAAUAGAAAAAAGAGACAUUUCUUUUUUCCCCUUUUGUUGUAAAGCACCUGAAAGACAUCAGACAUGUUUAUUUUUAACAAAAAGAUAUCUUUUCUUCAACCUCGCAGUGUGCUGUUAGCGGUUCCCUCCCACCUUCCCCUGCCCUUUUUUUCUCUGUAAUUUUGUGACUGCCUGCUCCCCACCCCCCCCAUUUGGAAUCCAAUGGGACGGUCCAGCCAGGACUGACCAGUGCAGCGUGGACCGCCCCACUUUGACUGGAUUUUCAGGGGGGAGAAGGGGAGUCUCUCUGGCGUCACGGAGCAGAAACGAAAGCACUGUGUUGUGAGACAAUCCACCAGUUUCCUUCUCGCUCCGUCCCCUCUGUCGGGACAGAACUUCACUCAGCUCGAAACAUCCGACGCGUGAGUGUGUGUCGGUGUGUGUUCUGUGUACUCGUUUACGGGGCGUCUUCUUUGCAAAAAUGUCCAGGAUACAGAAAGACAUGCAACUCGAGCUGCUGCUGUUAUUUACUGUACCCCCCACGCACACACACACACACACACACACACACACACACACACACACACACACUUACACACUCACUCACACACACAUACACAACUGUUGUUCUGUCCCUCAGUGUUUUCCUGCUCCCUCCAAUCAGCUCGUCCUGCUGUCCCCAGUGGGCAGAGCCGAGGUGAAGUCUGCCAGUCAGUGUUUCUGUUUGUAUUUGAAUACUGUAUUUUAUUAUUUCUCUUCAAACUGCCUCUAGUCUAAUAAUAUUAUUAACAAUAAUUAUAAGGAUGGUCAGCGUUUCCUAAGUUUAGUAAGUUAUGUACAGUAUAAUUUAUUUUUCUCCUCUUUAUCGGGUUUUUAUGACCAUAUGAAACUAUGACAGUCAAUGAAACAUUAUUCUAUUUAGCUGGUAUUAGGUAUUUAGAUCUAAACAAAAAGUUGUCAUUUUACCUUUCUUUGUUUCACAUUCUUUGUUCCCUUCUUUUUUUGAUGCGUUCGUUUUCUAUUAAUCCUCCGGAUGGGUGGGCGGGCGGGGUUAGGACAGUGAGCUGGACUGACAGACUCGACGCCAGCCCUCCUCCGAGCUGAAGACAUAACCUUUUCACGUCCACACCCAUUUCUAAAAAGCACUCAGACUCUGUGCAGUCAGAGAAAAAGAAGAACAUUUUUUUUUAUUGUUAUUAUAAUUUUAUUUGUAAUGGUUAUUAUAAUAAUGUAUAAUGUGAAGUUUCCUCUGUUUUAUUUUGCUUUUUUUUUUUUUUUUGCUUUUUUUUUGGGGGGAAAUCAGUUUUAUCACUUUUGGAAACUGUUUUCUGUGAACAAAGAGUCCCAUCCCCGUUUACUAGUUUGGCCGCCUCACUGAGGCACAGUGGAACAUCAUUGGCUUGGAUCCACACAUACACACACACACACACACACACACACACACACACACACACACAUACAUUAUAAAUGAAGAGAUUAUCAUGACAACCAAACAAAUCCUAUGCUGUCCUUUUUCUGUUUCUUGAAAUCUACUAUUCUAGAUUUGAAAUCCUGUACAUACGUUUUGUUUUUGUGAUAGCAGUGAUUUUUUUAAAUCAUAGGAAAGCAGUGUUUACCAUGAUCCACCAAGGGUGUUCCACUGUGUGCGUGUGCAUGUGUGUGCGUGUGUGUGUGUGCUUGUGUGUGUGCUUGUGCGUGUGCGAGACGACCAGACGUAUCUACAGUAUCUUUAAAGUCACUUCUCAUCAGGACCCUUUGCUUUGUUUUAGCUCCACGCGACGCUACAGGAGCCAUGACUACUCUUCAGGUGUGCUGUCACAUAGUGAUUCCCCACAAUCAUUCUUGCUAUAGAUGUUCGCUACAUGCCACACGAUGAGCCUCUGGGUCUUAAUUUUGCUGUAUAGUCACCCCUGCUAUCACACCAUGAUUCAACCCGAUGCUGGAGAGAGGGGGCUAAGUGGAUCAAUCCAUUUUUAGGCUAUCAGGAGGGUGUGGGGGGGUGGGGGUGGGGGUGGGGGGGGGGGCAUUAAGAUGUCAAUCAUCCCUGCUGGCAAGGUCUGUCCCCAUAUCAAGACAAUGAAAAUGAUGAUGAUGAUGAUGAUGAUAUUAUUUAAGACAAUCAAAGUCAUGAGUGGAGCUCAAAACAAAGUAAGAAUUAUUACAAGUAAAAAAAAAAUAUCUUACCAUCUCAACUUGAAAAAUCAAGAAAGAUAAUUAUGUAAAUAUAACAUAGAGUUAUAGAUUUAUAUUUUGUUCAUAACACAGUGUAAUAUAAGUUGUAUAUUUCUUUUUUCUCUCCCUACUGUCUCUUUUAUUGAUGUUAUCCAUGCCACAGAAAAGCAGGAGUCGCAGUACUCUCACAAAAAAAUGAAGAAAAAUAUCAAAGAAAUAAAGAAAAACAGGAAAAAAAAAGCUGUGGGCUGCCACCACCAUCUGUUCUAAGUUCACUUUUUUUCAGUAUUACUGCCAGACAAGGCUCUAAUAAAGACAGCAAUGUGUUCGGUAAAA